CCCUCGAAGGCUCGAACCCAAUAUCAUCUUCUUCGUCUUUCCUUUGUCUGUCUUCCAUCCCUUGCCCCUCUGUUUCGAGGGUUUUUCUUUUUUUUCUUUUUUCUUUUCUUUUUUCUUUUGUCUUUUGUCUUGUAUUUUAGUUUUGAUUGUAUUCAGUUUCCUUUGUAAUUUGUAUCCCCAUUUCAUCUUCCUCUGUAAUCCUAACCCUAGAAUUGAAGAUGCAGCAACAGAGGUUAAGACAGCAUGCCAUGAUGCAGCCCUCUCUUUACCAUCACCCUGCUCUUCUUACUUCCCCUCAGAUAGAGCCUAUCUUGAGUGGAAAUCUGCCUCCUGGCUUUGAUUCGAGUACAUGCCGCAGUGUUUAUGUAGGCAACAUUCAUCCUCAGGUUACAGAAUCCCUUCUUCAAGAGCUUUUUUCAAGUGUAGGCGCCCUUGAAGGAUGCAAGCUUAUUCGGAAAGAGAAGUCAUCCUAUGGCUUUGUGGACUACUUUGAUCGAAGUUCAGCUGCAUUUGCUAUUGUAACUCUUAAUGGGAUGAAUAUUUUUGGGCAGAUUAUUAAAGUUAACUGGGCUUAUGCUAGCAGCCAGAGAGAGGAUACGUCAGGUCAUUUUAAUGUUUUUGUUGGUGACCUUAGUCCUGAGGUUACAGACGCAACAUUGUAUGCUUGCUUUUCUGUAUAUCCUACUUGUUCAGAUGCGAGGGUAAUGUGGGAUCAGAAGACAGGUCGUUCAAGGGGAUUUGGAUUUGUUUCUUUUCGGAAUCAGCAGGAUGCCCAAAGUGCCAUAAAUGAUUUAACUGGAAAGUGGCUUGGAAGCAGACAGAUUCGGUGUAAUUGGGCUACAAAAGGGGCUAGUUCCAGUGAUGAAAAGCAGAAUUCAGAUUCUAGAAGUGUCGUUGAGUUAACUAAUGGAACAUCUGAAGAAGGCCAGGAAAUAACCAAUGAUGACACUCCAGAGAAGAAUCCUCAAUAUACCACUGUUUAUGUUGGCAAUCUUGCUCCAGAGGUUACUUCUGUUGAUCUCCAGCAUCAUUUUCAUGCCCUUGGUGCUGGAACUAUUGGAGAUGUUAGAGUACAAAGAGACAAAGGUUUUGGGUUUGUGAGAUACAGUACACAUGCGGAAGCAGCUCUUGCUAUACAGAUGGGUAAUGCUCGGUUUCUGUUUGGCAAACCUAUCAAGUGUUCAUGGGGUAGCAAGCCUACUCCUCCAGGAACCGCCUCUACUCCUCUUCCCCCACCAACUUCUGCACAUAUGCCAGACUUUUCACUUGCCGGUCUUGCAGCAUAUGAACGCCAGAUGGCUUUGACCAGAAUGGGUGGCGCACAUGCCCUUAUGCAUCAUCAGCAGGGUCAGCAUGCCCUAAAGCAAGCAGCCAUGGGAAUGGGUGCUUCUGGGGCUGCUUAUGGUACGGGAUUCCCUAGUGUUGCAUCCUCCCAGCACCUAAUGUACUAUCAGUAAAAUGUGUUGUGUAACUCCCUAUGAUAUACAAGGGAGGAUUAAAGUCUAUUGAACCGCCAGAACGGUUCUACAAUACCGUUAACUUCUUCCUCCCCUUGCCAUACGGCUGCUCUUCUCACUUUCUCUUUCCAUUUUUUUUUUUUCUUUUUCGCCUUUUGUGGGCUUAUUUAUGCUUGAUACAUUUGUAUUACUACAAAAUCUUAGCCAUUGUGUGUA